AUGACCAAGAAAAGAAGGAAUAACGGUCGCGCCAAAAAAGGCCGAGGCCAUGUGCAGCCUAUUCGUUGCACCAACUGCGCCCGGUGCGUGCCCAAGGACAAGGCCAUUAAGAAGUUUGUCAUUCGAAACAUAGUGGAGGCCGCGGCCGUCAGGGACAUCUCCGAAGCCAGUGUCUUCGACGCCUAUGUGCUUCCCAAGCUGUAUGUGAAGCUGCACUACUGUGUGAGCUGCGCCAUUCACAGCAAGGUAGUCAGGAAUCGGUCUCGUGAAGCCCGGAAGGACCGAACACCCCCGCCCCGAUUUAGGCCUGCGGGUGCUGCCCCACGACCUCCACCAAAGCCCAUGUAA